AUGGCAGCCAAGCAGUUCGGGCCGUUCGGUCAUUUGAUUGUCUGUAAUAUCGGGUCUCGAUUUAAUCGGCACUCGAUUUUGUUUCUUACGGUUCUUGUUGUUGCUAAAGUGGUUACGAUUGAACGAAGAUUGCCGCGGGGAGUGCAGGAGUAUUGCUCCUGGGGAGGGAUGCUCAACAAUAUUUCUGCAGGAACUUCCAUUCAUGGCAUCACCGGGGCGAAGGAUCUUCAUGCGCAAGAGCUGAAACACGAAAAAUUGGACGGUGUCCUGGGGACAAGUCUGGGAGGAGGUCUGUCUACUGGUGGAGGGCUUACGCUUCAUCAAGAAUUAAUAAUGGGCAUGCCUGGAGCAGCAUCUUGA